AUGGGAAAACAAGUUCUGACUGUUUUCUCUGCAUAUGCAACACAGACCGGUGAAUCUGAAGACGACAAAAAUGACUUCUGGAACACACUCUCAGAUGCUGACAAGAAAACACCAUCAUCAGAGAUACCAUUGAUUGCCACGCUGGAGAGAAAGCAAAUGGAUUCUACGGUGUCCAUUGAGGCUUUGGUUACGAGUAUCAAAACGAAGACGGUCUCUCAACAUCGAUUGCUGGUGACCGAUAUGAACCUCAUGUUCAGGGAGAAAUUUGAGGAGUUGGUAUCGGCGCAGCUGGAUCGUCUGGGAAAGACGAAAAAGAAAAAUAACAUAAAAUCGAAAUAA